AUGAUGGAAGCUAUGGGUACACAAAAACCAUUGGGGGUGAAUAGUACGAUUCUCAAUAAACAUAUACCAACCAAGUCACCAACAAAACGUACUAGAACCAGAAUGACCCUUGAACGAGCAGAUGUAAGGAACAAAGGACGUAUUAGAUACAAGACCAACGUACAAGAUUUGAAUUUCUUAGAUUCGAUGGAUACUUCUUGUGACACUGGUCCACAAAUGAUUCAACUUCCAAGCCAAUCUCCAUACAAUCAACAUUUCUAUCAAUCAAAUAACAGUGGUAACAGGAACCCAGACGUCAGUUUCCAUUCAUUACCACCUGAAUAUGAAGAAUUGCAGUUACAAAGUCAGAAACAAUAUCAAAUGCAACUGCAACAGCACAAUUAUUAUUCGUCAUCUCCUGUCCGUCACCAGCCUCCGGAACAACAAAACGCUCCACAAUUACCACCAAGAGCAGAUAACAUUAACACUUCGAUGCUUGUAUUCAACUCAAGUGGGUUCAAUAAUUGCUCACCACAUUCUUCGGUGCCAAUAGUGACGGGAUUCCCAUCUUAUUUCAAUCCAAGGCAGGCAAAGAAUAUGCCACACGGUGAAAAGGUCGAGAGGUGGAUGGAAAACUUACCAAUAUAUUUCGAAGAGUCGGAACAGAUGACUCAUACAAACUGUUUCAGUAUUUCGGAUGAUUCUGAAUUCUGGGAAGAAGACGAAUUUGACAACGACCUUGACGAUGGCAUUGCCCUUACAAACUCCGUCGAAAUAAUAUUUCUUCAACAAAAAAGAAUUACAGCACUAAUUAAUAAACUAUACCACUAG